AAUUAAUAGAAGAUCGAGAUCAAAGGCCUGGUGGAUCGAUAGCUCCCUCCAUCAAUACACAUAUCCUCAGCCCUUCUAUUCCUCUUCCUCUCUCUGAAUUUCGUGGAUUAAUUAACCAUGACCGAACACUCAAUUACUUCAGAAACAGAGAGCAGCUGCAACUCAUUCUCCUCUUCGCCCUCUUCCUCUUCCUCUCCCUCCUCACCCGGGUUGACUAACUCCGUUCCCAACUCGAUCCCCGACUCCCCCACGCAAACCCAUGUCCCCCAUGAGCCAGACACCAAGAAGAUAAAGCGAAUCCGAGACCGCAGCAAGCACCCAGUCUACCGGGGGGUCCGAAUGCGCAACUGGGGUAAAUGGGUCUCCGAAAUCCGCGAACCCCGCAAAAAAUCCCGCAUUUGGCUCGGCACCUUCCCCUCCCCGGAAAUGGCCGCCAGAGCCCACGACGUGGCCGCCCUCAGUAUCAAAGGCACUUCUGCUAUCCUCAAUUUUCCCGAACUCGCCGGCUGCCUCCCCCGACCUGUCUCCCUCUCCCCGCGCGACGUUCAGGCUGCGGCCGCCAGAGCCGCGGCGAUGGAUAAGUUUGACGACGCUCAGCCGCCGCCCCCGCCGCCGCCGUCGUUGUCAUCGCUGGUUUCGGCAAUGGACUUGUCGGCGGCGUCGGAUGAGUUGAGCGAAAUCGUGGAGCUUCCGAGGCUGGGGACGGGCUUUGAGUCGGUGCCGGCCGAGUGGAACAAUGAUUACGUGUAUGUUGAAGCGGUAGACGGGUGGGUUUAUCCGUCGCCGUGGUUGGAUUGCGGUGGUGAUUAUAGUGGGUAUGUUUCAGAUCAGAUGUCAGCGCCAGAGAGUGUGGUUCCUGGCAGCUGUGAAGCUUUCUUGUGGGAUUACUAGCUAGUCAUGAACUGUGUAUGUGCUAUCUUGUCAAAUGUAAGUUACCCGUUUUUUAGCCCUCAAAUCGUUUUUUAGCCCUCCUGACUAUUUUUUUUUUCCCCUUCGAAGGGCCAAAUCUCUCUGCCCCUCCCCCUCCCCCUCCCCUCUCCCUCACUCUCUCUAUGUGCGCGUGUGGUUUGAGUGCAUGUAGCUUCUCCAUCAAGUCUCUUAAUACUUAUUUCUGUGUGCUUCCAAGUGAGUGUAUCAAUUAAUGUAGUUAAAUGUACAGUGUUUGGAUGGAAAUAUCAUAAAUUUUUUUCUUGGUUGGUGCCAA